AAAUAGAACUUGUUUUCAAACACACAAAUGACAACACCAUUGUUUAGUUUUAGAUUAAAAUAAAAUAAAAUUGGUUUGCCGCGAAAUGAAAAAGGAUUUGACAGAUUUUUCCAUGAAGGAGAAAGGAUUGUGAAGAGACUGAAAAUGGAGGCGAGUGUAAGCGGGAAUGCACUCAAAACUUUCGCUCGUUCCAUCAACUGCCUUGCUAAAAUCGGCAACGAACUUGCCAUUCAAGCUUCUGCUUCGCAGCUUGCUUUUUACACUCUUAAUGCUUCACGUUCCGCGUACCAAUCAAUAUCAUUCAAACCGGAUUUUUUCGAUGUUUAUACUAUUUCAAGUAAUCAGGUGCAAUUUAGCAUCCUCUUGAAGGCUGUUUGUGCUGUUUUAAGAACUGCACUCUCGAACAUUGAUUAUUUGCGGGUGCAUUUACUGAGUACUGAUGCAGCUAAAGUGAAGUGGGGAUUAGAUUGUGUUAAUGGCAUGAGGAAAACCUAUUGGAUAAAUUGUAAUGUGGAAUCGGAUAUACAACAUUUGUCUCUUGAUAGGGGAAGACUUCCGAGCAAUUUUGUUGUUAGACCUCGUGAUCUCACAAGAUUGCUUUCUAAUUUCCAAUCUUCUCUUCAUGAGAUUACUAUCAUUGCUACAGAACCGUCUUCUUUGCCUUCAGCGGCUGAAAGUGAAAUUGGAGGGAAAGCUGUUGAACUACGGAGCUAUAUUGACCCAACAAAUGAUAGCGGUUCAUCAUUACACACACAGCUGUGGAUAGAUCCAGUUGAAGAAUUUCUACAAUAUGUUCACACUGGAAAUCCUGUAGAUGUUACAGUUGGUGUUAAGGAGUUAAAGGCGUUUCUUUCCUUCUGUGAGGCCUGCGAAGUUGAUAUUCAUUUCUUUUUUGAGAAGGCUGGCGAGCCUAUUCUCAUGACACCCAAAUUUGGUCUAGACGAUGAUGGAUCUACAUCAAACUUUGAUGCCAAACUUGUACUUGCAACAAUGCUCACGUCACAGCUUCAUAUAGGAAAUCCAACAGGCCCCAUUCCAUCAAAUGAUGCUGUGAAUGAAAGAGCAAAUGAUGAGACAGUCCCAGAAGCUGAGCAACAGAGAUCAAAGGUGCAAGCCUCCACUCCUGCAUCUGAACACACCAAAAUAUGGUCUGAUCUUUCAGCAAGUGCUGCCAAAUCUGGUGGAGGUAACGGUAGUAGGCAGGUUCAAGGUCAAGGAAAUACCAUUUCCAAUGAGCAAGGGGAAAUUCAAAGAUUCAAUGCAAUGAAAAUUUCGAAGGGUCUCCCUGAAAAAGAAAAUGUUCCUGAUGGUCCAAAUGUCUCCCAGUAUAUGGAAACUGAUCAAGGAUUGGGUCAUCAUGGGUUGCAAGAUAUGAGGGAAGGAUUUUCUCAGCGUCAUCCUAGUAACUGGGUAGAUGCAGAAGAUGAAGAUGAUGAUGAAGAGGACGAUGAAAUGUGCGUACAGUCUACACCACCAUACUGUGAAGAACAGUGAGAAUAGUGGCGGCCCAGGUGUUUCCUUUUGUACGUUUGUUACGGAGCAACAAAUGUGACUUGAUGAUAAUCCAAAAGCGUCUAAAGUACCUUCGAAAGAGCAACAAAGAAAUACUAUUCUGUUUGUUACGGCAUAUUUCCUCACAACCUAUCACUAAAAAUAGCAAUCUCAAAGAAACGGAGUGAAUAUUGGAGUGUGGAUAUGAUAUUUUAUUGCCCUCAAAUCAAAAGCCACUUAUCUCAUAUUAUGUUGUGUAUAUGUAGAGAUUUUCCAGAAAAUAGCAUGAUGAGAAGAGUUCCAUUAUGUGUAGGAUGGGUGUUUUAAGUAGUAUUCCUAGCCAUGAGCUUGAAUAUGUUACCUUCGUUAUGAAAUAUUUGCAAUUAAUUGUGAUAUAUUGUAUUAUAAAAUAUUACUAUUAGAAAGGGGUAUGUAUUAAUAGUAUGUGUUAAAUGUGUCGGAUGAACACAAAGGUUGAAAUUAUCAAUCAUUUGGUUUUCAUUAUUAA